GUUUUAAACCAAAUUUUUUGAUCAAAUUGUUCAGGUUUUAAGUAAAGCAUUGACGUUGUAACGUCAUGGAUGACAUCACAAUCGACGCAAGAAGACAGGAACUUCUUGAAGCGAGAUUCCUCGGAAAUUCUAAAGUUCACAGCGGGUCAGAAUCGGGAAGUUCAUUUGGAGCGGGGCCGAGUAGCGAUCGGGAAAACGAUAGUUUGGGGGGUUACCCUAGUACCCCCGAGAACCAGGAGAGGGGUGACGUGAGGAAGUCAAGGAAACGAAAAGGUGAAAGUAUGGAUCACAACAACAAGAAAGUUGGAACAAACUCGGCAAACAUCAAGAAAAUCAACGAAUAUUUUGAACCAACUACGAGCCCCGCCCGAACCCUUGCCUCCCCAUCACAUAUCCGAUCCUCUCCUUCCUCACGCCAUUCAACCAAUUUAAUGGAUUUGUCCGGGUUCGUUCAUUUACAACAGAAGCAUAAUAUUGCUAAGGAAUCAAGACACAUACAAACUGAGUUACACGGCUCGGAGGUUGAACAAAUGAUUCAGAUGAACAACGGGCAAGAAUCAGAGAAGAAUAAAAAGAGGGAAGAAUUGAUACGGUUAAACUCCGACCUUGAAUAUCGAUUGAGGGAAACCACCCAACUUGCGCUUCAAUAUAAAACCCAACUUGCCCGGUGUUUACAAGUCAACCAGGAGUUGUUGGUGGAGAAGACAAAGUCCGAGAAAUCAUCUGCGCGCCGUCGAGCGAUGGAAGGUCGGUUGAGGUUGGGUCAGUUCACGAGGCAAGGCACCGGGUACCAGGAGACGUGGGUGAACGGAUGGGCGUUCACGGAGCUUGGGAGCAAAAAGGAGCGAAUAAACAAAGAGAAGGAAGAUAUUGAACGAGCACGUAAAUCGUUGAGUAAGCGGAAACCUUCCAAUAACUCAGCAAAAAAUAAGCCGAGUCAGAACGACGGGGAGUUUGUAAAACCAAAGGAUGUAAAGGAAGUGAUGUCAAUGCAAGAUUACCACGAGCGCGAUGAGGUUUUACGUCAACGAUUAUCGGCGGUGAAGCGCGACGAGGUGGAGCUGCAAGUGGAGUUGGAGAAGUUGGAACGUGAGAGGAGUCUCCAUAUAAGGGAGUUGAAGAGAAUAUCUAACGAGGAUAAUUCAAGGUUCAACGACAACCCUGUGCUCAACAAACAAUAUCUCUUCCUUACUUUACUGGGGAAGGGGGGGUUCAGUGAAGUUUAUAAGGGGUUUGAUUUAGAAGCUCAGCGCUACGUUGCGGUCAAAAUCCAUCAUUUAAAUCGUGAGUGGCACGAACUUAAGAAGCUGGACUAUGCACGUCAUGCCAACCGUGAAGCGGAGAUCCACCGCAGGGUCAACCAUCCGCGGAUAGUUAGUUUAUACGAUCGUUUCGAGGUUGACAUCAACACGUUUUGCACAGUGAUGGAGUUCUGUGGAGGUAAUGACCUUGACUUCUAUUUGAAACAACAUCGGUUGAUGGGAGAAAAGGAAGCGAGAACCAUUAUCAUGCAAGUCGUGUCCGCACUUGUUUACCUCAACUCACUUGAACGACCUGUUAUACAUUACGACCUUAAACCAGGCAACAUAUUGUUAUGUAACGGCACCGUUUGUGGCGACAUAAAGAUAACGGACUUCGGGCUUUCCAAGCAAUUUGAUGAAGGUUUGAGUCCGAUGGACGGGAUGGACCUCACUUCGCAAGGAUCCGGCACUUUCUGGUACCUUCCCCCCGAAUGCUUUGUUCGAGGCCCUGGUGGGAAACCCCCCAAGAUCGACAACAAAGUUGAUGUAUGGUCGGUCGGGGUGAUUUUCUACCAAUGUUUGUAUGGAAAGAAGCCGUUUGGACAUAACUUAACACAAGAGGCAAUAUUGAAACAAAACACCAUCUUGCGAGCAACUGAAGUUACGUUUCCCAACAAACCAACUGUUAGCGCUGAAGCUAAGUCCUUCAUCCGUUGUUGCCUUGGUUACCAUAAAGAGGACCGAGCUGAUGUUCUAGAACUUUCAAACCAUGCUUACUUGAAACCUUCAAAUAAACGAUCUAACCCCACAACUUCGCAACCAUCAUGAUAUAUGAUAUCUAUGUUGUAAGGUGGAUAUAAUGAUCGAUCAGCGUCGCCUAGCCACCAAUGUCUUGUUCUGGGAGCUUCGAUUACGAGGCAAUACACUGAAAAUUUUC